GGGGAGUGGCUGUAAUUUUCUAGGUCUGGUGGGAGAGCGCCAGACGGCGGCACGGGAACCAGUGCACAGAAGAAAGGCCGGGAGGAUGACUGAGCUGGGGUCCGAGGUGCAGGUGGAGCUGCGGGGUCUGCCCCACGCCGUGAGUGACGAGCUAGUGAUACUGUAUUUCCAGAACCGGCGGCGCUCGGGGGGCGGCCCUCUGAGAGGCUGGCAGCGGCUGGAUGGUGGCGGGAUCCUCACCUUUCAAAAGUCAGAGGAUGCUCAGCGAGUCCUGGCCCAGGCCAGUCACGUGCUGCAGGGCACAGCUGUGAGUGUGGUGCCUUCCCCACCCCGGGCCCCCCAGCGUCUGUUGUUCCUGGGCCUGAGGCCGGGCACAACCCCAGAGCUCCUGGAAUACUAUGCGGAGAGCCUCUUGAGCACCGAAGGGGAGUGUCAAGCCCUCGCCAGUCCGCGGCCAGACCGGGCCCUGGUACAGUUACCCACGCCUCUCUCGGAAGCAGAGUUUGAAGAGCUGGCUACUCGGUCCAGUGGGAAAACACUGGGAGGCACAAAGGUGUCACUAGCGUGGGUGCCCCAGGCUCGUGCUGUAAGGGUUGUGAGGAGAGAUCAGCCCCCAGAUCCCACACUACUUCAGCUCUACCUGGAGAACCCUCGCCGCAGUGGGGGCGGUGCCCUGGAGGGGCUGCGGACACUACCUAGGGCCCAGGGAACUGUUGUUACUUUCCAGCAGUGGGAGGUGGCAGAGCGAGUGUUGAGCCAAAAUCACCAACUUGGCGAUUCAGAGCUAAACAUAGUCCCCCACUAUGAUGUCCUGGAGCCUGAACCUGAGCCUGAGCCUAAACCAGAGGAAGGAGAUAGACCAGCUCUGGGAGAGAUGAUUUCCACAGAGACCUUUGGAAAAAUAGUGCCUAUGGAGGGACUGGAAGCCACAAUGACUAUAAAGAAACCAGGGAUAACACUGCCUGUGGAGAACGCUAUGGCGACGGUUCCCUUGGAGAAAAUGGAGGCAACAGGAUCUAGGGAGACACCAGAGGAAUCAGUGACUGUGGAGAGAGCAGGGGCAGUAGAACCUCUGGGAAGCAUAGUGCUGGAAGAAACUGUGCCAGGGGAGAGAUCAAGAGAGCCAGUGGGGGACACAGUGCCCAAGAAGGUGGUGCCAGGGGAGGGAGGGGAGAUCCUGCUGCCUAUGGAGCCAGGUGCCUUGCGAUUUCUGCAACUCUACUACCAGGAGUUUCUUGCCAGCCUUAGUGAAGUGACCCUUUGCUCACUGGAUGGUCCGGAUGUCACUGGCUUUCAGAUCAAUGGGGCACAGGAGUCAUGCCAAGCUGCCAAAGACUUCCUACAGAGUCUUCUGGGCAGCAUUGAGUGCCACAUGCUGCCUCUGAAACACCCAGGCAGUGCCCACUUCCUGCUGGGCAGUGAGGGCCAAAGCCUCCUGAAGGACCUGGAGGCCCAGUUCCAUUGCAUCCUCACAGUAGAACAACAGGUGGUAGCAGCCUUCGAUGUAGACCCCGUAGAGCUUGACCCCACGAACCCUCUAGAGUCACCAGAAGACUGGGCCUAUGACCCCCCACCCUCUAGCAGCACUGCUUCAGACACUUCAGCUAUCCAAAUGGAGGAGAUCAAGAAGUUUCUGGACACCCUAGAUGAAGAAGAAUGUCCUCUCUUGGAGAUGGAGGAGGGGGAACUGCAUGAGUCUGAGGAGGGGGUAGCAGCCCCUGGCAGAACAAAGGAGACACUUGAGGAGGAGGCAGCUCUGCAAUUGGCCCUGCAUCAUUCACUGGAGGAGAAAAGCCUGAUGAUGUGGGAGACAAGAACUCUGAAGCAAGUGCUGAUGAUGUCUCUGCUGGAUGACAGAGAGCCUGAUGGCAGUGGUAGUAGUCACAGUAGGGGGAGACUCAUGGUGCAUGUUGCCUGUGAUCAGGACCCCAGUGAGCUGAGCCAAGUUUUGGAGACUGUUCUCAGGGAACAGCUACGAGAAGAGAGGGUGAUGGGUGUGGACCAGCAUUUACCCCCUGCGUUCUGGUCCCGCCUGGGGAGGCACCAUGAUGUGACAGUUAUCCUGCAGGGAAGGUGUGCUGUCUUAAGUGGCUAUGGUCCCCAGCCUUCCUGUGCUGCCAAUCACCUCAGAGAACUGAUGACUGUCCCCUUGAGCCAGAGCUACACAUUGGCCCCAGACUCUGCCAGACCAGAAGUGGUGCCACAGGUGAUGGGGCAGCAGCCCUUAGAGCUGGAGUGCCUGGAAGAGAGCAGUGAGGAAUUCCAGGAGACAGCCCAAGCCUUUUACAGCACCUUGGACAGCUCCCGCAGCAAGAUUCGCAUCGUCAAGGUUGAGCGGGUGUCUAAUCCCCUACUCCAGAGUCAGUAUGAGCUCCAUAAGAAGAAGCUGGAACAGUCAUGUCUGCAGCAACCCAUCGAGCGAAUCCUGUACCAUGGGACCUCUUGGCAAGCUGUGCCUGAUAUCUGCAGCCAAGGCUUCAAUAGGAGCUUCUGUGGCCGCAAUGCCACCUUGUACGGGAAGGGGGUGUACUUUGCUGUACAGGCUAAGGUCUCCAUCAAGGACCGGUACUCACCCCCAGAUGCCAACGGGCACAAGGCAGUGUUCGUGGCUCGAGUGCUGACAGGAGACUACGGGCUAGGACGUCCAGAGCUUCGGGUUCCACCCCAGAGGGACACUGGGCAGGGCAUCCAGCGCUAUGACAGUGCUGUCAACUCCACAAGAAAGCCUAGAAUUUUUGUCAUCUUCCACGACACUCAGGCCUUACCCAUCUUCCUCAUCACCUGUCAGUGUAUACCAGACCCCAGCAUACUCAAUAAUGAUAGCUGCAGUGGCCUUAGUACCCACUCUCCAUCACCUCCCCCCUAUUGACUGUUGAAAUGGCCCCAGGACCCACUUGCUGCCUCUCUGCCUGAAUCACCCAAGUCUGAUUUGUCCACAUGGGCCAGGUGGUGUUAGAUGAAGUAAGGUGGGGAGAAGAAUAGGGGGAGAGGGUCUGGUUCGCUGCACUGGCAUGAAACAUUUCCUUCAUUCUCCUCUGCUGCUACCUUCUUUUUAUCCCAAGAUACUGUCUCUGACUCCCCCUCCUCUUCUUCUGUCCUACCUCCCUCCCUCUCCCCAAGCUGAUAUCUGAUCUAGAAAGUGAAAAGGGAGCUUAAAGGGUGGGGAAAGGAGAAAACUGUCUCCAUAGAUCUGCCAAUCUUGGUACCAGAAAGCAGCAGGUAU